GAACUUUGAGGAACAAGUCCGUGCGCCUUUACGUUAGGAAGCAAGUCUUUAUUGGACAGAUCACUUUUAAGAGUCUACUGGCAUACAAAGCAGAGGGUAAACAUGGCGUCUCGCUUUGCUCACCUGCGUCAGCGGGACAACAGUGUUUCAAUGCUGAGAGUCAAAAUGUCCCGAAGAAGGUCUCAGUCCCAGAAAGAGAACCGCGAGCGCAUCGUCAACACCCGCAGACAGCUCGAGGCCCUCCAGGAGAUGGACAUGUCCGCGCUGGAUGCCUCCAUCGCAGUGACAAACAUGUCUGUUAUUCAAGAAAAAAAGAAAAGUGAGACUCAGCUGCAAAAAAAUGUGGCUGGAGAGGAAAGACUGAAGCAGCUUCAGCGUUGGAAAGAACGUAAGGCCCUUGAAAAAGAGAAGGAACAGAGAGAAAAAUCCCGUAAAGGAGUUUUUAAGACUGGCCUGUAUCAUCCUAAAGAUGCACUGCGUAUUGGCCCUCUGCCUCCUGUGCCAGCUGCCCAUGGGAGAGCUAAGGAGACAAAAAUACAUGCAACUCCAGCCCAGAGUAGUAGAGUGACUCGCUCUAUGAAACAGCAGCAGCAGGUGCAAAAGCCCCUGAAUAUGCAGGAUGUAAAUGCAGCUGGAAAGAAAUCUCAACCUCCUGUAGAAAGGGCUGCCAGAAGCCGUGUUGCACCCAAUAAAGCAGUCCCAUCUUUGUGUAAAACAAAAGCGGAGCCGGUCACACGCGGGUUGUCUACUAGAUCUGUCAACAAACCUCCAGUUACAGCAGCUCCUGUGAUGAAAGACAAACCAAAGGACAAAUGUGCAGACGUGAGGACAACAAGAAGCAAAGUGGUAGAAGUGGCCCCACCUCCAGCUGAAGAAAAGAAAUGUGAUGUCAAAACUACGGUUCCAGAGAAAAACAUUUCUAAACCUGAGAUGGAGAAAGAAAUACCAAAACAAGAAUGUUCCAGGCCUACACUCCAGACUGACGAAGAGGAGAUGGUGGUGGAUCAGACAGUUCCUGGUCCUGCUCUUGACGAUGAGGUCCCAAAGUCUUUCCCCAAAGUCUCUUCUUUUGCCCCUGAAGGAUUCCUGUUCCAAGUGCCUAAUGGUCUGUCAUCCAUUAAGUUUGAGCCUCUGACCCCUCGCUCUGCAGAAGCCUUUCUCACACCAAGCUCCAGCUUUACUCUUCCUCCGGCUCCUACAUUUAAUGAACAGAAACCUGAGAAGAGUGAGGGGUCUCCUCCAAAAUCCCCUCAUUGCUCACCUCUUUCAGGGCCCACCACCAUUGCUGAUGCUCAAGAAGAGGAACCAAAGCAUGAUGUGCCAUAUUUCAGAUCAGAAAUUGCCAAUGAAACAAACAGACUGACAGUUCUCUGCACACACUGGGAGUCUAAAGUGGAAGAUGAGGCCAUACCAGAAGAAAUGAGGGACUGCAUGCGUACAGCUGUUGGCCAAGCAAGACUGCUGAUGAAGGAGCGUUUUAAGCAGUUCAGUGGUUUAGUGGACGACUGUGACUUUUGCCGAGGCGAGAAAAUCACAACAUGCACUGACCUCCAGGGCUUCUGGGACAUGGUGUAUUUCCAGGUUGAAGAUGUAAACAAAAAGUUUGACGCUCUCAAAGAGGCAGAAGGCCGGGGCUGGAUGGAGGACCACAAACCUCUACCUCGACAGAGAAAAGUAGUAAAGAAACCUGCAGCUGCACCAGCCCCGUCUAAACCUGCAGGAACAAAGGCAGCUGCAAAGUCUCGUCUAGCCGCGGCAAAAGCAGCAAUGAAAGCCCGACAGCAAGCGACAGAGUCUGAGAAGCCUGAGAGCACAGAGCAGACCUCACAGGACACCCUGCCAGUGGCCCAGAGGACUGACAGUGAUGGAGACUUUUUCCAAGUUGCAAGCCCAGCCAAACCACAAGGUUCAGUGAGGAGAUCCAGUCGUCUCAGCGCUAGGGUUCUACCCCAGCCUUGUCCAUCCUCAAACUGUUUUACACCCAGGAAAGUAACUCGACGCUCCCUGGCAUUGGUACAGACCCCUGUUCAAACCAGAACAAUGCAGGAACCUAUGACCACUCUCACCACCCCACAUUCUGUUACCAAAACUCCAGCACCAGUGGAACAAUCUUUGCCUGGCAUUCCUCAGCCCCAGAGCAUAGUCAGCGUGUCUUUGUGUUUCUCUCCAGUAAAAGAUGUGUCUUCAGACCCCACAGAACAAUCCAAAGACAUGGUUUCUGACUCUACACACUCCAUACCCUCCAUUGAUGGUGAAGAGCAGAAGGGUCUGGCUGAAGACUUAAAAUCAGAGUUAAUUCAGACUCCACAACUUCCAGACACUCUUUGUAAAAGUCUAGUUGAGUGUGCAGCCCCAGUGCCCUCUGUGUCCCUGAGUUUCACUCUGUCUCCCUGCACUGAACAGUUGGGCUCCCAAGCAGUGAGCUGUACCCCACGAGCUGUGCAAAACCUCCUACAUACUCAGGAUUUUGUGGCAGCCACACCAGACAGUUCAGUUACUGAGGACAUUGGGGUCGAUUUUGAGCGAUACCUGCAGCCUUCACUGAGAGACAGCUUGUCACCACGGCAGCCAUUUCCCAUGGAGUCACCAAUGGCAAUGGAUGUAGAUCUGGAGAGUCCCAGAGGUCAACCUGAGGAAUCUGUGACUCAACAAGACGCAGUCUCCACAUCACUGCCCAUGGUGCCAACUCUUUCUUCUCAGUCACCUCAGACAGUGGAGUCAGCUCUUCUUCUGUUCACCCCAGACCUGAAGGACCGGAUACGGCAGUCUGUUUGCCCAUCUGACCUCAUGGUUUUUACCCCUCCUUUGUAGCAAUGACUUUUUAAGAUUGGUUUUAAAUAGUUCUUUUAUAGCUUUUAAAAA